AGCACAGAGAAUCAAUACUUCUCAGAGCAACAGUGAGAAGAAGACAGAAAUCUUCUGAAAGGAUCUGUACCUGUAGCUGUCCAGCUUUUGGAUUGAAAAUGUUUCUGAAGACCAUCACAGUCACUCUGGCAAUCAUUGCCAUCACAGGUUCCCAGGCUGAACUUAAUGCUCAACAGCUGUCUGACAACCUCUGGAAUUACUUCACACAAAGUGUCACUAAUGCCAAGAGUACCAUUGACCAAAUCCAGGGAAAUGAACUCAGCCAGCAGAUCAACAGCCUGAUCAAGGAAAACCUUCAGAAUGUGAAUGACUAUGCUGCCAGCCUUCAGCAAACCUUGAUCCCUGUUGCCACACAGCUGCAUCAGAGACUUACCCAGGACUCUGCAAAGCUGAAGGAACAAAUACAUAAAGAGUUAGAGGAACUCAGGAAAACAAUUUCACCUUAUGCAGGUGACAUUAACGAGAAGAUAAGUAAAAAUAUUGAGACAAUGCGCCAGCAGCUAACUCCAUAUGCUGAGCAGUUCCAGGACCAGAUCACUCAGAAUGCUAAGGAACUUCAAAAGCAGCUGACUCCUUAUGCUGAAGAAUUUAAAGCCAAGUUGCAGGAUAACAUGGACAACCUUCAAGAUAUCAUGAUGCCUUAUGUUACAGAACUCAAUGAACAAAUCAACAAGCACUUUGAACUUACCAAGGAGAAAAUGACCCCUUAUGUUGAUGACUUGAAGGCCAAGGUAGACAAGAAUGUUGAAGUCCUUCGUCAGAAUCUGGCUCCAUAUGCUGAAGAUGCCAAAGAAAAGCUCAGUCAGCAGAUUAAUGAGUUGUCCCAAAAAAUGGCAAUAACUGUUGAACAGCUUAGAACAAAAAUCUCAGAAAAUGUUGAACAGCUGAAGGAAAAGAUGUCCCUUUCUGCUGAAGAACUGAAGCAAAAAAUGAUUGAGAAUGCAGGAAAUCUUCCUCAGACCAUAAUGCCCUAUGCAGAUGAUCUCCGCUCCAAGAUUAAUCAGAACAUUGAGGAUUUCAAUCAGAACUUGUCUCCCUAUGUUAAUAUUGUCAACAAAAAUAUCAUAGAAAAUUUGGAAGCACUGAAGCAGAAACUGGUUCCAUAUACUCACAACCUUGAAGCUGACUUGAGCUCCAUUGAUAAUGAAUUGCAGAGCAAAUUAAACUCUGUCAUCAAUGUAAUCCAGAAUUUCAAUACAGAUGUACUUCAAGCAAUCAAGGCAUAAAUUAUCUAUAUACUAAAUAGCAUUAUUUCACAGUCACAAACAACACAAGCACUCUACAGAUUUUAAAACUCCAUUUAUUUACUAAGACCAUAAUUUAUUUAUUGACAGUCUGUUUUAUUAACUACAGCAGACCAUGUGCUGCUUAAAUUUUCAAAAGAUAAAAAUGGGAAUACUUUGGGUAUACAUUAUUGUCACAACCUGCAAUGAUAGUUCUGAUUUUAAUGACAUUCUGAAGAGGGAUUCUGACAACAUAUUUCAGCUAGUUUGUAAUGGUGUUUUUCCAAGUUUAAAGCCUUCCAAAGUAAGAUUUCCUUAGAGGGGAAUUAACAUUUGAUAAACUAUGAUACUCUGAGCCUUCAUGAAGAAGAGUAUAAUGAACACUCCUGCUUACAAUUUUACCUAGCACAUUUGAAUUGAUAAAAUUAUGUUCUGUACCAUUUUUCAUGCACAAAAAUGAAUAACCUGUACUAGUCUAUAUGGCUAGUAAUGUAUAAAUAAACACCAAUAUGGCAGAA